AUCACAUUUGUCAAGAGGACUGCUUUCCUUCCCCCGUUAUGAAACUUCCCGAUGCAUAUUCAAAUUUAAUCAGGCGUUAUUGCGAAUAUCAAAUACCUGACCAAAAACAAAAAAAAUGAACCUGGCCGCAGAAGGACUGAUUAUUGGGAUGAGGGGCGGACAAGAGGGGUGCAUAUCUUAUCUCUGUACCCCUUUAAGCCCUCUUUUUUAUGCACCAACUUGAUCCAUUUUUCAUUUACCCACUAGUCCCACUACUCUUGUCACCCUCACGUGAACCCAUCCUCUUCCUUUUACUUUUUGCAACUUCAACCAACUUUCUUCUUCUCUCUUAUAUAAUUAGCUGUCUACUCUAUGUAUAUAUAAAUGAAAAACUGAGACAUUUCUAGCCAUAACAAAAGAGCACCAUUAGCCACCCACCACUCUUACAUAAGAAUCAUCAGCUCUUCUUUCAUUUCAGAUCAAAAUCUAACAACGCUUAGCAAAAAAAAAUGCCUCCUAGUUCUCCAGAUUCAUCUGUUUUACUCCAAAGAAUAAGCUCCAACACUACUCCUGAUUUUGCCUGUAAACAAUCUCAGCAAUUACAAAGGCGUACUAUGCCGAUACCUUGUACGACACAAGUCCCAGAUUCCGUUGUCCGAUUCCAUACUCACCCAGUGGGUCCCAACCAGUGCUGCUCCGCCGUGAUCCAGCGGAUUUCCGCCCCCGUCUCCACCGUAUGGUCAGUUGUCCGCCGCUUCGACAACCCGCAAGCAUACAAGCAUUUCGUCAAGAGCUGCCACGUCAUCGUAGGGGAUGGUGACGUCGGCACUCUCCGCGAGGUUCGCGUGAUCUCAGGCCUUCCAGCUGCGUCCAGCACGGAAAGACUCGAGAUCCUCGACGACGAGCGCCAUGUCAUCAGCUUCAGCGUAGUCGGCGGGGACCACCGACUCGCGAAUUACCGUUCCGUCACCACCCUCCACCCGGAACCGUCUGGUGACGGGACGACCAUCGUCGUUGAAUCCUACGUUGUUGAUGUACCACCUGGUAAUACUAGAGAUGAAACGUGUGUUUUCGUCGAUACCAUCGUCAAAUGCAACCUCACAUCGUUAUCGCAGAUCGCAGUAAACGUGAACAGAAGAAAAGAUUCUUGAAAUAUAGAAUAUAUUUACAAAGCUGAUCGAUGAUGCUUUUGAUGAUGAUCUUAUAAGCGAUGAUAUUUUUGGGGUUGCAAUGGUCUGAAAAUCGUUGCACCUUUUCAGAUCAUGUGCUUAUUAUAAUCUCCUGGUUGUCAUCACUUGUUGAAGAUAAGUUCUUGGUUAAAUCUUGUGUUACCGAAUUAAUUUCAUUCUCUUUAUAUUAAGUACUUGGUUCUUUUUUUGCCUCAUUGCUCUAUGUUUAACUUUGUCAGUGUAUUUGUGAAAAUAAAAAGGAUUCAGAGGGCAAAUUUUUUUCAAAUACUGGUGUUCAUUACUUUAUCUUCAUGUAGUUACAUAGGGAUCUUCUUUCGAGUGUUUAUUUGCUGAAUUACAAUUUCGAGUCAUAUAUUGGAUGUUAUUAGUACAACUAAAACGUUAUAGGGACAGUCGGGUGGACGAACUAUCUCUUCGAGGGAGUGGCGCAUCUAAGAGGGUGUGAUGUAUGCGAUCUUCGAAGAAUCUUGGUUCGAACUCGUUACCUACAACUUCAUCGCUGAUCUAAGACUACUUCACAGCUAAAAGGUUACACUAUUCAAUAUAAAGCCGCCCUUACAGUUAUCUAAAUUUUACCUAGAAAUAGAGCACGGUAUUACCGAGUUUACGGCAGGAAGAUAACUUUUUUUUUUUUGGUAAUACAUAAUGUAAAUAUGUAUCUAUACAGCAUACUGAAAGUACCAUUACUGUCUUUUGAUUUCAA